AUAAAUUGUUGGACUGAACCGAGCGGCCUUCCAAGGACGGAGGACUAUAAUCAACUAUCAAGUCACACGCGCCUAAAGCCAGCCGUUCCAUCUGAAGGCGCAUGCUGGUAAAGAAGAUGGCCCUCCGCACUCAGAUAGAAAUCGAGGCCCCCAUCGACCGCGUAUGGGGCGUCAUGAGCGACCUGCCCAACUGGAGCAACUUCAACUCUUUCCUCAAGGUGGACCCACUGCCCGCGGGCCCGCUCAAGCCGGGCCAGUCGCUGGACGUGUCCUUCAAGCCGCCCGGGGCCAAGAGCGCCACCAAGAUGCAACCCAAGGUUGUGGCUUUUGAGCCGGGCAGCAAGGAGCUGCGCUGGCGCGGCAAGCUGUUCAACACCGACUUGUUCUUUGUGGGCGAGCACUUCUUCCAGCUCAAAGAGAUGGGGCCCAAGAAGACGCUGCUGUUGCACGGCGAGGACUUCAAGGGCUGCCUGGUGCCGCUGUUGGGCGGGAUGCUGAAAGACACGGAGAAGGGCUUCCUAGACUUCAACCAGGGCCUCAAGCGCGCGGCCGAGCAGCAGAAGUAAACAGCUGACGUGGCGCUAACCCGUACACGCAAGCAGGCACGGUAGCUGCCAGAUUGAUGGAAUGCCAAGGCGGCGGCCGUGUGCCGAUGAUGGUGGUGGUAGAAGUUAGGCUGGCUGUGGCUUCGGUUGCGGCGGCGGUUGGGCAGAGGGUGGUAUCGUGUUGCUGACUAGGCGUGCCGGCGGCUUCUGGUGUUGGGGGUGAAGCAUACAAUGGCAUGCCAGGGUCCGAGCAUACGGCAUAGCAUACCCCCACGGUGGCACCGGCAUUCUGGAAGGGGGUUCGUACACUGCCAGUUGAUACAGAACUGUUAUGCACAGGAGUGAGAGCGGAGACCAGCAGCAUAGACGGGUACCAUAUUACUGUUUUAGGUAUUUGUAUGGAGGGCAUGCAAUGGCCGCUCCACCUACAGCACUGCCCUGCUACCAUUGUAUACUGAACUGAUGGCCGCAAUUAUGGCCUGGUGCUUGUUGGGUCGACUCUUGGAUACAAGUGGGACCUUGAACUUGGAUAGUGUUUAGUGUUGUUCAGUUCUCAAAGGUGCACUUGCAACAGUACUGCCGCAGCCCACAUUGGAGCGGGCUUCGCUGGGCAGCUGUGGGUGGCAAGCUGCUAACAAUGCAUGUGGCUUGGGGUGUGGGUUCUUUUGCUUUCCUUAGUGCGACCUUGACUGUGACGCGAUGCCCGACGCCGCAUGUGCAAGCGUGCUACAGCUUCGCACUUUGGGCGCGUGGGCAGCUGGAUGAGUCGCAUCGGUCGCGCUCAACGUUCGCAAAUCUCAACUGACAAUUUAUCACACGCCGGCAAACGGUUUGGCAGGGAGUGUUUGAACGCACGCGUCCACUCGCGCCAAUAAUGAGUAGGUACUGCUGCCUCCUUCAAGCGCGUGACAUGACAGUGAGACCGUACCCGGUUCACUGCGAGUGGUCAUGUGAGCCGCGGGCGCGGGGCGGCAGGUAGAAGCCAGGCGGUGACGGUGUCAGGAGUGGUAUGGCCGGCAUCGGGGUUGUGUAAACUAUUUGCUGC